CCCGAGCCGUGCCCGGUGCCGCGGGCCGUCCCGCUCCGCUCCGCUCCGCUCCGCUCCCACCCGCGCAAGAUGCGCUCGGCGCUGCGCGGCGCGCCCCGACGGCGCUGCCUCCUCCUCCUCCUCCUCCUCCUGCCGGUCACGGAGUUUGCGCUGGGAGCUGCUGCGGCAGCACUGGGUAGGCGGGACAGGUUGGAUCCCUUGGACCCAAGGAGUGGAGGGGAAGAUUUUUACCAAGUCCAAGACACUGAUCGCUAUUGCAAGAAGUGCCCCGCGGGCACCUACGUUGCAGAGCACUGUAAAGAACAAAAUGUCUCCAGCACGUGUUUGCCGUGUAAAGCUGAUGAAUACAUCGAAUACCCAAAUGACUUUUCCAAGUGCCUUGGCUGCCGGACGUGUCGGGAAGAUCAGGUGGAGCUGCGUCCCUGCCGAGCCAUCAGCGACACGCAGUGCGUCUGCAAGAACGGCACCUUCUGCUCCCCGGACCACCCCUGCGAGAUGUGCCAGAAGUGCCGGCCCCGGUGUUCCAAGGACGAAGUGGAGCUGGCUCCCUGCACACCGCACAGCGACCGCCAGUGUGGUCCUCCCACCGGCACCUCCUCCAGCUCCUCUAACAGCUGGAUUGUGACCAGCGUGGUGGUACCUCUGGUCCUGCUUGUGCUCUUAAUCCUCAUCUGCAAGUGCCACUGCUGCCGUUCCCCAGGAGAUGGGAGAGACCUGAGCGGGAAGUCCUGCAGCGUGGUGGACUACCUGGUGCGGCAGCUGACGAGGUACCGUAGUGGUGGCCUGGGGACACAGGACAACAUCCGAAAUGAGCGGUUCUCCCAGAAUCAGCUGCUCCCCAGGGCUUCGGGUUCGGUGACUCCCAGUGCUCCAGGGCCAGAGAUGAUGGUGCUGAGUACCUCAUAUCCCAGCAUGAAACCCAGGAGGAAUCUGGUUCCAGUGGAAGGACAAGACCCCGUUAUCCUUCUGCGAUGCUCUGUCGACAUCUUUGCCCGAUACGUGCCCUGCAAGGACUGGAAGAGAUAUGGCCGAGCCCUUGGGCUGCUGGAGAAUGACAUUGCCCUCGCGGAGAUGAACGACAAGUAUUCGCUGGAGCCCUUCUUCCAGAUGCUCAACACAUGGCAGAACAGACAAGGGAUGAACGCCUCUGUGAACACACUGCUGGAGACCCUGCACCAGAUCAACCUCGGGGGGAUUGCAGGGGACAUCUCCUCCAAGCUGGUCCAGCAGGGAUUUUUCCAAUACGAAGUGAGCUGAGGAGCAGGGCAGGCCCUGCAUCGCUCCACUUCAAGCUAAAGAAAAUACCUCUAAGAACACUUGAAUUUUAUCUUUUUAUAGCUCCUGUGGCUUUUUUUCUUCUUGAAGUCAUUGUACAGUUCAGCUGAGCCCAGAGGAACUGAUCCCCUCAUGAAGUACAAGCCUCACAGUCCCCUCUGUCAAGCUACGGGCUCAAUGUCGGUGCUUCCUUAUGAAAUCCAAGCUGGUGCCUUGAUUUCGCCAGGUCAAUGCAAAGAGCCUGAAACUACUGUGAGCGUCCCUUGGGACUGUGUCUCUUGGAAGCACUGGUACUAUAUGGAUGCCUUCAGGAUCAGUGCAGAGAAGGGCCCCUGCAGGAUGUAGGCAUCCCUGUGGUUUUUAACUGGAUCAUCUUUUUUGCGGGGUUCCUGACUUCUGCUUGUAGAACAUCUCUAAGCCGGCCAGCAAGCUUCAUAUCGUAUGCUCGGUGGGCAAGCACUAACGGGGUUCUUAGGUUACUUUAGUAAAGCUGUUUACUUAAUUGCAUUUUAGCUAAUAGUGGUUCUGCUUGCUGUUAGGAAUCAGUUUGAAACUGGACUUUGAGGGGAGGGUGGGAAUGAUUUACCUGAUCCGUGAUCACCAGGGUUGCCUGAGAAAAGGGUCAGUGCAGGGAGUGAGUGAGCUCCUCCUCGGAGCAAGGUGGGGAAUGUAGGCAGCAAACUAUCAGUGGGCCAGAAACCUCCUUCUCCAUGACCUCAACCAAAUCAGUUAAUUUCCGUUCCCUUGGCCGUGGGGUGGCUUUGCUGUCCUUAUCUGUCUCCAGCCAGCAUGGAAAGGUGAAUGCACUGAGGCCCAACCGUGACUGUGGGUACCCACCAUCCAUCCUCCAGCUGGACGGGUCGCUCCUCAAACACUUAGCCCCAUGCUCUGGCUCUCACACAUAGCUCAGGGACAUCUUGGCUGGAAAAAAAAACUACUUCAUUACUUGAGCUGGCUACAUGUGCUGCCACCCCGGUAUGGCCCAGCCCACCAGGAAUUUCUAUAGCGCAGUGGGAGAGUGCAAGGGGCUGCACCAGCUCCUCUCUGGGGCCAGGGCUGCCCUGUGCUGCAAAGCACCCGUCCAUCCCUCCCGCUGCUGCCCCUUCCCCCAGCUCCUCAAAAACACUUAAAAUCCUUUCUACAAAACAAGCAGAAAUUCUGUAUUUAUGUAUUUAUUUAGUAAUUGUAAAUGUGUACAUAUUAACUUAAAAGCUAAUAUAAAAAUAGCAUUGGUUUUUUACUAUGCAUGACUGUGUGUUUUUAUACAGAGCUCUGGCCCAGCCAGUUAGCUAUUUUGAGUUUUUACGUGACUGUAUGAAGGAUGAAUAAACUUUUUAAAAAAUC